CAACUAAUCCAAUUGAAAAAGCAGAACUACUCAAUGCCUAUUUUACCUCUGUGUUUUCCAAACCAACCGCGAACACGGAUUAUGCGAAUUUUCUGAAUUAUCAGGAGUUUUGCUCAGGACUUGCUGAAUUCCAAUUGACUACGGACGAGGUUCUUGCUUAUCUGAAUUCUUUGGAUACAUCUAAAGCAUGUGGCCCUGAUGGGAUACCAGCGCGUUUACUUAAAGAGUGCAGUUUCCAGAUAGCACCCAGUUUGUGCGAUUUGUUUAGCUAUUCGUUACACAUAGGACGUCUUCCAUCAGAGUGGAAAGCAGGUGAUCAUGACAUCACUCCGAUACAUAAAAAAGAAUUAAGAGAACCAGCUGAAACU